GGCAGCGAUGACGACUGGGACGACGACUGGGACGACAGCUCCACGGUGGCCGACGAGCCGGGCGCCCUGGGCAGUUCCUACCCCGACUACGAGGCGGCGGGCGGCGGCGCCUCGGGCCGGUACCGCCUGUCCACCCGCUCCGAGCCGUCCCUGGGCCCCCGCGGCGCGGGGCACCCACCGGGACACCCGCACCCCCCCGGCGGCGGCGGCGCCGCCAAGAGCUCGGCCACGGUGAGCCGCAAUCUCAAUCGCUUCUCCACCUUCGUCAAGUCCGGCGGAGAGGCCUUCGUGCUGGGCGAGGCGUCGGGCUUCGUGAAGGACGGGGACAAGCUGUGCGUAGUGCUGGGCCCCAGGGGCCCUGAGUGGCAAGAGAAC